CACACUGGUCCAAGUCGGACCGAAACGUCGUUGUAAGCUUCUCUCUUUUAUGUGCGGGUUAUUUGUGUAUCGUUCCAGUCACGGUAUUGUGCCUUUUUUUUGUUAUUUGUCUACACAUAUGCUGUUAUGUAUGAUAAUCUAUGUAACUGUAUUUGUGUAUACCUGAAUAAACUUAUUUACUUACUUUCUUCUUAUUAUCAUUACAGUGGACCCCCGCUUAACGAUAACCUCCCAUUGCGACCAAUUAUUAAGAUGUCGGAUGACAACGUUCGCAUUCUUCGCACUCCAGGCCACCAUGGAUACGGUGUCAAAUUUUCCCCAUUUAAUCCAAAUCUUGUUGCUGUUGCAACAGGACAGAAUUUUGGGCUGUUAGGCAGAGGAAAGUUGAUCCUGUCAGACCUGUGUCUGCCUGAUGAUGGUGUGGUCAGCAGCUGUGAGUGGAGUGAUGCUUUGUUUGACCUGACCUGGAGUGAACAGUCACCUAACAACAUUGUUACUGCAUCAGGAGAUGGCACCUUGCACCUCUGGGACACUGCUAACCCGCAGGCUCCUCUGAUGGUGUACCAAGAGCAUCUGAAGGAAGUAUAUAGUGUAGACUGGAGUCAGACACAGGACUAUCAGGUCUUUGUGUCUGCAUCGUGGGACACAACAUUAAAGCUGUGGGAUCCAAAUCGUAGCCGAUCUUUAAUGACAAUGACUGGACAUGAAGCACUGGUGUACCAAGCUGUUUGGUCACCUCAUCUCUCUGGCUGUAUUGCUUCAGUUGCAGGUGAUGGGAUAUUAAGAAUAUGGAAUACAAAGAAGAACUCUCAGCCAUCAAUCACGAUUCGUGUUUGUGAGGGAGAAGUGCUGAGCUGUGAUUGGUGCAAAUACAAUGAAAAUGUUAUUGCCACAGCAAGUACUGAUGCCAAUAUCUAUGGUUGGGAUCUAAGACAACCUACUCUUCCUAUCUUUAUUCUCUUUGGACAUGAAUAUCCAGUGCGCAGAGUGAAGUUUUCACCAUUCAUCGAAACACAGUUAGCUUCAGCGUCUUAUGAUUUCACAACAAGAGUUUGGGACCACACAGCGCCGUCUCCGUGUCUAGAAGUGAUGAAGAAUCACACUGAGUUUGUGUAUGGUUUAGACUUAUCAAACCACAAAGAAGGUGUGAUGGCAGACUGUGCAUGGGACCAGACUGUUGCAAUAUAUCAUCCUGGCAAGCCACACCUUACUCCACAUGAAGCCUUACAGUGAUGCACAUAAUUCACAAACGGUGAACGAAAUUAAGGUGGUUUGCCGAACUUUGGUGGUGUUGAGGUUGAACAUUAGCAGGCCUUAUUUUUUUCCUAAGUUGUCCUAGUCUGUCCUCUCUUGGGUAUGUACAGGUGUCCCUCAUCUUAUGCAAUAGAUGCAUUCCCUGCUAAUGGUACAUUAAGUGAAAUUGCACAAAGUGAACGCAAUGCAAUAUGAAGGUGGUAGAGUCUCGGACUGUCAAAUUACAGGCUGUGAUUUGUGCCUCCGUCGAUUUUUCUGUUUAUUAAUUGACAGUUGUUUAUUUACAACUUAAUCUGAGUUCACAAAUAUAUGUAAAACUUAGGCAUAUCCUUGGAGAAUUUCUUGAUGAGUGUUUGCCAAAAAAAAAAAAAAAAAAAAAAAGUCUACCACCCAUAUACUAUAUGAUCAUACACAAAAAAAAAAAUAAUUUGGUUCAAAAACUUUUUGGGAAAAAUACCACAUAUCUUGUCUUAUUUUUACCCAAAAAUUAUGAGCAUAUCCCAUAAGCACUAAAUAGGCAUAUGCCAGAAGAAGUGAAUUUGGCAUAUACCAAAAUGUAAUAAAUUUGGAUUCUUUUUGAUUAUAAUAAUAAUAAUAAUAAUAAUAAUAAUAAUAUAAUAAAAAUUUGGUCCAAAUUCCCAAAAAUACACAAGAAAAGAAAGUUAGGAUGAUGUUUUGGUCCAUCCAGAACCAUUCUCAGGUUGUGACUUGUGAUGUAACAAUGGUCUAGGACAGAUUGAAAGGUUGUUUUAACUACUUUUUUGUACGUGUGGGUUUUUUGUAAGGAAGACUAAAAUUCAAACUUCAGUCAUAAUCCAUAAGUGAUGUUAAAAAUCAAAGCGGUGUUGGGCUUGAGUGUUCAUAUAACAGCAUAUUUAUUCUGAAUACACAGCAGAACCCCCGUAUCUGCAGAUUCAGUUUCUGCAGUUUCAGUUAUCCACGGUUUACCGUGGCCCGAAAAUAUUAAAUGGAAAAUUUGCCAAGUGUUUUGGAUUGCACAGACUACAGGAAAAAAUCAUGGAUUACGAUCCUGUGAUGGAAUGCAGCAUUAAAAUCACCUGUAUAAUCACCAAAACAUUAGAACCUCUCCAGCAAAUGUUUGAUGAGCUAAAAAAAAAACAGAAACACUAACUUCCUAUCAUGAUGUUUUUCCAAAAGGUUGAAAAACAAACCAUGUCCACUAAUCGAUCAUCCCCAAAAAUCAACAUUGUAAUGUCUUAUUGUAUGUAAUUUAUCAGUUAAACUUUAUCAUAGGUAUGCAUGUAAUCAAAAAAUGACAUACAGGUACCAUCCGACUUACGACCCAGCUUGGUUGCGACAAACCGGUCGUAAGUCGAAAUGGACGUAAGUCGAACCUUACUACUGAAUAUCAACAUAACAUUUUUGUAAUGACUUUAUUUUAUUGUUUAUUUUGGUAUUUCAUUUUUUACUUUACUUUUUAUGCUGUUAGCACUGUAUUUUAUACUGUAAGGUUUAGGAUAAACACUGUGUACAACACAAACACUUGUUUAUUUCCCAGAAAUUUGGCAUACAAAACACAAUCAUAAGUCGAGUGGUCGUAUGUUGAGCAGGUCGUAAGUCGGAUGGUAGGUGUAUAUAGGAUUUGCUGCUAUCCACAGUUUCCGGCAUCCACCAGUAGGUCUUGGAAUGUUUCACCUACUUGUACGGGGGACUACUGUAGUAAAUUACAGUAUUGUGUCAUUGGGGUCACCAUUUAACAGUGAGACUACAUAAAGUGAAGGGAAACCUGUACAUAAUCCAGCUUAAUGUGAAAUAUGAAUUAAUGUAUAUACUAUAACAUGACAUUAAGUCUUGUAUAGAGCUGUACAUAGAAAGGAUCACAGAUAUAUAUAUAUUUAAAUAGUUUUUAUCUAUUGGUGUGGUAAUGUGAAGUUGGAAUUAGGAUAGAAGGAGUGGGGAUAUUUGCUGUUUGGAGUGACAUCUGAACCGUUGCAUCUACGCACCUCUAGCAAGACAGUGAUAGUGUGAAUGAUGAUGAGAGUGUUUCUUUUUUGGGUCACCCUGCCUUGGUGGGAGACAGCCAGUGUGUUAAAAGAAAUAUAUGUAGAUUUUCCCAUUUAGUAAGAAUCCUUCCUUAGUAAACCGUGUGUGUCACAGAGAGCAAUUAAAAUAUUUUUUUCAGGGCAAGGGACUGAUUAUCCCUUGUUAAUGGAAUUUAAUGUGUUCCCAGUUUUAGGUCACCCUGAUGGGAAAUGACUGAUGAAUUCAAAUAAAUAUAUUGUAUAUUAGUGGAACUGGUAGAUAUAUUUUUAAUGGGCAGCUGAUGCAUUUUUUAAACUAAUAGAAGUUGGUCAGUAGCACAAACACAAAAAUAGAAGAUAAAAUAAAUAUACAAUACUAAAUACUGUAGUGUAUUUUGGCUACAUAGUCUGCUGAAGAGGACCUUGAUUAAAGGCUGAAAUCAGCACUGUAUUACCCUUGGGUUUAAUUAUAAUAAUAAACACUGAAAUACUGUAUCCA